AUGAAAUACGCCUUGCCUGGAAAGGAUCGAACUCGCAGAGAAGGCUGGGUGAAAAAGGAGCCGCCGAAGCACUACGCUCCGAACCGCGCGAUUCCAGAGUACACGAAAGUGAUUGAGGCGAUCGACGUCCGCUCCAAAGUUGAUGUCGAAGCAGAAUACAACCGCGACCCGUUGAAAGUAAAAUGGUUCAUCUACACGGCUCUGGCUACGCUGAUUUUUGGCUUUUGGGGCGCCCUUCUUGUCCAGACCCCGGAUCUCGCCUCGCCGGAGAACUCGGCGACGCAGAACUUUAUAAAGGCUGGCAAGGCGGAUAGAGAAGCGAUUCUAGAGGCGAAGAUUCAAAGCGAAAAGAAUCAAAGUCUGAAAUGA